AUGUCUGAGCCAGAGCUGCCCCGCCCGCCGCCCAAGCGGCCAUACGACUCGCUUUUUACGCCGCGUCAAGCGGUGCCGGUACCUCCAGCGACGCCGCGGCGGCCGUACGAUUCGCUCUUCACCCAUGGCCGUCCAAGUGGCCUCCCCCCUCCUCCUCCUCUCGACGCUUCAGCAGGCCGGUUUCGCCGUGCCUGGCACGCAUUCAAGUAUGCUGGCCCACCCCGCCUCCCGCCCCUCACCGCAAAAUUCGUGAGCUACCUCCCCCUCUUCCUCCUGCUGUGGAAGGGCAACGAGUGGACCAUGAACGAGAUCAUGGUCUACCAGCACCCGGCAUUUGUCUCGGACGCGCAAGGCCGGCUGCAGUGGGGCGGGCGGGCGAGCCUCUUCGGCGUGGUGGGAAUCGUGCAAGAGGCAGGCGGGGGAGUCGCAUUCGCAAGGCUGAAGUGGGCGUUCCACGCCGCAUUCAUCAUCAAUUCAUCCGAACGAACGCGACGCAGCUUCUCCAGGUUGCCGGUUCUCGGGUGGUUCGAGGAUGCAACGGCUUGGGCUGCGUUCAAGGUCCUGCCUGCGCCGCUGGCUGCCGGACUGACGCCGUUCGCACGCAGGCCAUGGGACGAGCCAGAGGAGAGUCGUGCAGCUCAGCACUGA